CGGGAAAUGAGCUGAUGGCUCGGGGCCUCAUCGUCACAGGAACCUCACUCUAUUAUUCUCAUACUCAAUCGCGGGGUUAAUCAUGCUCUGUACUGCUGACCUUGAGGACUCUUCUCGAUAAGACACGCCCUUUUUCAGCUCACUCCCCUUCGCGGCUCGACAAUGCUCGACUUCAUGGACUAUAUACAACUCGCGUUCGCCGAGGGGACGCAAUGGAACCGCGACAAUUCAUAUUCGUCGCUUACAGCUACGGCGCAGUCCCUCCUGGACUUCACAACCCCUGAGCGCAUGCGCAUCCACCUCUCGUCUCUCUCCACACCUAACUUCGCGACGAGCUAUACACUCGGCACUGUCGGCUUAAUUGAAGGCUCGGUAUCUUAUCUAUAUAGCAACAUAGCCUUUGAAGAUACACCGAGCAAGAGCGCUUUGAUCCCGCUUCGAAAACUGUCCCCCGGUUAUCGCCAAGUACAAGCACCUAUUGCCCCUCCGGUUGAGUCCUGGGGGUGGGAUUCUAUACUUGACGGCGCAAAGAACAAUGGCAACGGUUCAAGUACCAACGGACAGAAAGCGACACUGCUUCAUGCUACGCUACACCUACCGCCACCAACAACCCUGAAUGCGCUGUUUCUGCGCCGGAUGUCCCCGACGAUGCAGCUAUCUCUGGCUGUCUCUUCAACAAGAGGCCCUCCACUAUCCACGUCCGCGCCGCAAGCCACACUUCUCACGCAACUUUCCCACGACACAGGGAAAUAUAGCAACGAGUACCUAUUCAGCACAGACAACUCCCUCUUCGGCUGGCGGGGACUCUGGAACUUCGGCCCCGAUCCGCGAUAUCACAAUGACGCGCCCCGGCUAUCGCUCCUAUCCGCUGGCGCGGAGGCGUACUACUCCCCUGUCUCCUCUUUGAUCGGCAUGUCAACAGGACUACGAUUCAGCACGCUACCCGCAGCCACAGACCCCAAAUCUUCCGCCACUACGACACCCAUCUCAACCUUCCCAUAUACCCUAACCCUCACAUUAACACCACUAACCGGCUCACUCUCAACCUCAUACUCCCUUCGCGCAUCGCCAAACCUCUCAUUCAGCUCCCGAUUCGGCUUCAACGUCUACAGUUGGGAAAGCGAGAUGGUUGCGGGAUGCGAGCUGUGGCGCAAAUCCAAGAAGUCAAAUCUGAACGGCGAUGAUGACGGUCUUGAGUGGGCCCGACGCAAGGCCCGCGCAUGGGAGCCCGUCACUAUUCCUCCCACACCUGAACUUCCCCAGGCUCGUGAGGAAGCCGAGAACCAAGAAUCGGUCCUCAAGCUUCGGGUCGACCAGUCGUGGAAUGCGCGACUUCUCUGGGAAGGUCGCGUCAAGGACCUUCUGGUUAGUGCUGGAGUUGGCCUGGGCCCUAGCUCUUUCUCGCCGUCAUCGUAUGCGAAUGCGCAGUCUGCUUCUGGGGGGCAGAGUAGCGGUGGGGGGACUCCGGGCACGUCUUAUUGGAGGGGUGUGGGAGUGUCGGUAUCCUAUUCUUCAUGAGAGGCUCAAGUACCUCUUCCUUACUAUAUACAGAGGGUUUGUAUUUAGAUGUAUAUACAAUGGAACGCUUUACGGUUUUUAAUACCAAGAGAUUCCUGGCGGCUGGUGUAACCUUUAUGGAUCGAGUGAUAUGCUGUAAUUUUCGCUUUUUUAUUAUGUAGUAUUUAUGUAGGGAUAUCCCAUUAUAAAUCGACGCAGAUAUCAAUGGGCUUGUCCAAAUAUCAAACAGGCAAGCGCUAAAAUCGUUUAUAGCUUGUCAUUCGAGCCGCCGAUUUACAGGCGGGCGUUGACAAUGUCGACGACUAGACGAGAAGUAAAGGUGGUUAGCGACAACAUAUCCCAUAGCAGUGAUGGUGGCCGAUAGCAGGAAGGAGUGACAUACAGGCAGGCUUCAGACUGGCACCACCAACGAGGAAGCCAUCAACAUCGGGCUCCUUGGCGAGCUCACGGCAGUUCUUCUCGCUCACGGAGCCACCGUAAAUGAUUCGGGUGUUCUCGGCGGUCUCGGCGGAGAUGGCGUCCUUCAGCCACUUGCGAAUGGCGGCGUGCACUUCUUGGGCCUGCUCGGUGGUAGCGACCUUACCCGUGCCGAUGGCCCUAUAACUCAGUUAGAUCUCGUGCUCGUGCUCGUGCUCGUGAGCGUGUCCGCUCAGGGUGCGCGUGCGCCUUACCAGACGGGCUCGUAGGCGAUGACGACCUUCUCCCACUGCUCCUUGGAGAGCUCCUUGGCCGCAGCGUUGAGCUGGCGGGUGACGACAUCAAUGGUCUUGUUGGCCUCACGCUCCUAUAGAUAUAGUUAGUAUGUGUAAGGAAGCUCAAUUGGGUGCCGAUCUAGUUCGAGGUGGGGUGGGGUAAGGGUAAAAACAAGCAAAAAUGAAAAACGGAGCUUUACCUCGAGCGUCUCACCGAUGCAGAAGAUGACACUUAGGCCGCCCUCAAUGGCAGCCUUUGUCUUACGAGCGAUGAACUAAGACUCAUUAGCAUUCAGAUCUGUGUCACCGGAG